AUGCAAGCGAGCACGAUCGAGCCUCGUGUGGGAGCCGCUCAUCAGAUCACCCGUCAACCGGACAUGGCAGAGAUUAUUAGCCCAGCACUUGUGGUCGAAAGCUUUUCACAAGGGCAUACUAUCACCAACGAUGUUGCUCCCGAGACCAUGAGCAUCCACUGCCAUGAGCUAGCCCGCAAACAGACUGGAGACUGGAAGCGUUGGACCCAGCAAGCUGGGGGAGGGCAUGAUGACGAAGUGCAGGGCACAAGGGCCGAGACCGCAACUCACGAGACUCGAGACCAAGAUAUUCGAGAAGAGAAGAGGGCACUGCGGUCCUUGUCCCCGGCAGAGAGGAGCUCUGUCGGUUGA